ACCACAUAUAUCUAGAACCUUCUGGGUGUAUUAGUAUUUCUUUUUCCUUUUUUCUAAACCUCAGCUAUUUGUAUCCGCCUCCCCUCCCCCAAAGCUCCUCAUAAACCCUAAACCCUAGCGACCCAGGAGUGAACACUGCACACUCUUCAUUUUUAAUACAGCUCUCCGUUUCGAUGGCGACCGCCGUCCUCCUCAGAUCUCUCCGUCGCUCCGCCCCUAUCUCUGCUUCCAGAAUAUUAGCUGGAAACACCAAACCAUCAUAUGCAGCCAGCAACAAGUGGGCAGGUCUUGUAAGGCCGUUCAGUACGAAACCCGCUGGAAAUGAUGUCAUUGGCAUCGACUUGGGUACCACAAAUUCUUGUGUGUCUGUCAUGGAGGGAAAGACUCCGAAAGUUAUUGAGAAUGCUGAGGGUGCUCGGACAACUCCAUCAGUAGUGGCUUUUAGCCCUAAAGGGGAACUGUUGGUUGGGAUACCAGCAAAGCGACAAGCUGUCACAAAUCCGACCAACACAGUCUUUGGCACCAAGCGUCUAAUUGGCAGGCGCUUUGAUGACCCUCAGACACAGAAGGAAAUGAAGAUGGUUCCUUACAAAAUUGUGAGAGCUCCUAAUGGAGAUGCAUGGGUUGAGGCCAAUGGACAGCAGUACUCCCCGAGUCAAGUUGGUGCUUUUGUCUUGACCAAGAUGAAGGAAACUGCUGAAGACUACCUUGGGAAGACUGUAACCAAGGCUGUUGUGACCGUCCCAGCUUAUUUCAAUGAUGCGCAGCGACAAGCCACCAAGGAUGCUGGGAGAAUUGCAGGGCUUGAUGUUCAAAGGAUUAUUAAUGAGCCCACUGCAGCUGCACUCUCUUACGGCUUAAACAAUAAAGAAGGCCUUGUUGCAGUUUUUGAUCUUGGAGGUGGAACAUUUGAUAUAUCUAUUUUGGAGAUUUCCAAUGGUGUCUUUGAGGUGAAAGCCACAAAUGGUGACACGUUUUUGGGAGGGGAGGACUUCGAUAAUGCUCUGUUGGAGUUUUUGGUGAGUGAAUUCAAGAGAACAGACAACAUUGAUCUGUCAAAGGAUCGUCUUGCUCUGCAGAGGCUACGGGAGGCUGCUGAGAAGGCGAAGAUAGAGCUCUCAUCAACAACUCAGACAGAGAUCAGCUUGCCUUUCAUAACUGCUGAUUCAACUGGUCCACGGCAUCUGAAUAUAACAUUGCCAAGGUCCAAGUUUGAGGCUCUGGUUAACAGCUUGAUUGAAAGGACGAAGAAUCCUUGCAGGAGUUGUUUGAAGGAUGCUGGCAUCUCCAUCAAGGAGGUUGAUGAAGUGCUCCUUGUUGGUGGAAUGACCCGUGUUCCAAAGGUUCAGGAAGUAGUUUCUGAAAUCUUUGGGAAGUCCCCAAGCAAAGGGGUGAAUCCGGAUGAGGCUGUUGCCAUGGGGGCUGCUAUUCAGGGUGGUAUUCUCCGCGGUGAUGUCAAAGAGUUGCUUCUCCUUGAUGUUACACCGUUGUCUCUAGGUAUCGAGACACUUGGAGGAAUCUUUACCAGAUUGAUCAACAGAAAUACUACAAUUCCAACAAAGAAAAGCCAGACAUUCUCUACAGCUGCUGACAAUCAGACCCAGGUUGGCAUUAAAGUGCUUCAAGGAGAGCGUGAAAUGGCUACAGAUAACAAGCUCCUUGGUGAAUUUGAGCUCAUGGGUAUUCCUCCAGCUCCUAGAGGCAUGCCGCAGAUUGAAGUCACGUUUGACAUUGAUGCCAAUGGAAUUGUGACUGUUUCUGCGAAGGAUAAAACCACCGGCAAAGAGCAGCAGAUCACAAUUAGGUCAUCAGGCGGUCUAUCGGAGGAUGAGAUUGAGAAGAUGGUCAAGGAGGCCGAGGCGCACGCCCAGAAGGAUCAAGAGAGGAAGGCGUUGAUAGAUGUCAGAAACAAUGCAGACACCACCAUCUACAGCAUUGAGAAGUCCUUGAACGAGUACAGGGAGAAGAUUCCAAGUGAAGUGGCUACUGAAAUUGAGACUGCCGUUGCAGAUUUGAGAAGUGCUAUGGCCACUGACAAUAUAGAUGAUAUCAAGGCAAAGCUUGAUGCGGCGAACAAAGCUGUGUCGAAGAUUGGACAGCACAUGUCUGGUGGUGGUUCGAGUGGUGGUCCCACUGGAGGCUCUGAGGGAGGUGACCAGCAGCCACCUGAGGCAGAAUAUGAGGAGGUAAAGAAGUAGAUGGCUGAGAUGAGUGAUGGACAAUUGAACUGAAUUUGUUUCAGCGGAAUUAAUUUUUUUUCUCUGGCAAUUUUUGUACUUAAAUUACAAUUAGCUGGGUAGUAGGAGUUCGAUUAGAAACUUGCUCGGGUGGAAUUGCUAAAACAUCAUCAUAUAAUAAUUUCUAUGCCGCUUGUGUUAAAUUAAUUCUGCAUUUUUUAUGUUA